CUAUGCUAAUUGCUAACCUCAUAAAUCCAGAAAGAUCAGUACACUGCUACCUUUGUACUCUGGCCUUAUCGUGCUUUCCAUAAAUCAGAUUUAUUUCCAUGUUGCCACAGUGACAGCCACAAAAGGCAACCUUUGCUAAUCAUCCCAUUGGUAAUUCACCUGCAAUUGGCCCACUCAAUCUCCCAAAACCAUAAUCCACUAUCAUUAGACCUCUGGGCAGUUGUGUAAGCUGAUAGCGAUAAGCAUGGCAAUAAAAGAGCUUCUGCGAAGCGAUUUGUGGUAUGGCAGUGCUCGCAAUGUUGGCGUGGAGGAUCAGUUCUUAGAGCAGAACCACACAGACAGCGGCUUAUCAUGCUGAAGCCGCAACUGCCCUCAUGGGGGGUCAGGAUCUUGAUCAGAAAGGAGGGAGGAACGCAGGCACAGAGGCCAGCUGCCCUGCACCAUCCACCAGGAAGCGUAAUGGCAAUCCCCCGCAUGUUCAAAUAUUUGGUCAACACUGAAGGAAACAUGUCAGAUGACUUUUAUUGUUGUAAGCUGGGUGAUUCACGGAAACUCUAAAUAACAAAGUGAGUAACUCAAGUAAAGUCAAUGAUUUAGUGACUACUUAGAAGAUUAUCAGUUUGACUAUAAUCCCUGUCUAUUUUUGGUGAUGCAUGCCUUAAUGUUAUCGCACAUUACUACUCUACACUUUUCAUGUCUAAAUCUUCCAUGUAUAACUGCUCCCUAUUUGUUUACAGCUUACAUACAGUUUAUGAUGAAAGAUAACCAGAUAAUUAGACAAUAACCUGCUGCCCGCGAGUUCCAUGGAACAAAGCCCUGUUUUGCAGGGGCCGUUGCCUCCAGAGAUGAGCCAGCAUGAGCCAGGGGGAGCCUGGGGGCUUGUUAUGCUGUUGCUGACAAAGGACACUGUUUGGAGUGGUUCUUUUUAAAAAGCGGGCGAUUGUUUGGUCCUGAGGAGAUACUGAGGCAGCUGGGACACUUCAGAGCCCCCAGAGAGUGAAUACAGCAUUUCCCUGAAGCUGCUACCAUGUCACAAGUCAAAACACCAGUUACAAAAGUGCUCAAUAAAACAACCCCAGGCCUUCAGAUAUGGAGGAUAGAGAACAUGGAGAUGGUUCCAACACCACCAAAGACUUACGGGCAGUUCUUUGAGGGGGACAGCUACAUCAUCCUAAACACCCAGACGUCCAGCAGCAGCUUCACAUAUGACAUCCACUUCUGGGUGGGCAAGGAGACAUCACAGGAUGAGCAGGGGGCGGCAGCCAUCUACACCACGCUGAUGGACGAACACCUAGGGGGCGUGGCCGUGCAGCACCGUGAGGCCCAGGGCUGUGAGAGCGACACGUUCCGGGGCUAUUUCAAGCAGGGAAUUAUGUACAAGAAGGGUGGCGUGGCAUCAGGCCUGAAGCAGGUGGAGACCAAUAUUUACAACAUCCGUCGCCUACUGCACGUCAAGGGGAAGAAGCACGUUGUGGCCGGAGAGGUGGAGAUGAGCUGGGCAAGUUUUAACAAGGGCGACGUCUUCCUGCUGGACCUGGGCAACCUGAUCAUCCAGUGGAAUGGACCCUUGAGCAACCGCAUGGAGAGGCUCAAGGGCAUGAACUUGGCCAAGGACAUUCGGGACCGUGAGAGGGGUGGCCGGGCAAAGGUGACUGUGGUUGAGGGCGACGAUGAGAAGGCCUCAGAGGACACCAUGAAACUCAUAAAGCAGAUACUUGGGGAGAGGCGGGAGCUCAAGGAUGCCAUCCCUGAUGAGGUGGUGGACCAGAAGCUGAAGUCCAGCGUGAAGCUCUUCCAAAUAACAGAUGCUGACGGAAACUUGGUAGUCCAGGAAGUAGCGACCAAACCUCUGACCCAGGACUUGCUCAACCACGAGGACUGCUACCUGCUAGAUCAGGGAGGAAUCAGAAUCUUCAUUUGGAAAGGAAAGAAGGCUUCCAAGACAGAGAGGGCUGAAGCUUUGAAUAAAGCAGAGGCAUACAAGAAAGCAAAGGGUUACUCUCCCUCGGUCAACGUGGAGAUGGUGAAUGAUGGUGCUGAGUCAUCGGUGUUCAAGCAGCUGUUCCAGAAAUGGAUCGUCAAGGGUCAAACAAUGGGACUGGGAACAACACAUACACGGGGCAAAAUUGCCAAGGUGGAGCAGAUCAAGUUUGAUGCCACUUCCAUGCAUGCCAAACCUGAAAUGGCUGCACAGCAGAAGAUGGUGGAUGACGGCAGCGGUGAGGUGGAGGUAUGGCGGAUAGAAGACAAUGAGAUGGUCCCUGUUGACAGAAAGUGGCUGGGCCACUUCUAUGGAGGUGAUUGCUACCUGAUGCUGUACAAGUACGAGGUCAGCAGGAAGCUCCACUACAUCCUCUACAUCUGGCAGGGCCGGCAUGCUACCACUGUGGAGCUGACAGCAUCCGCUUACCAAGCUGUGAUCCUGGACCAGAAGUACAAUGGGGAGCCAGUUCAGGUCCGAGUGCCCAUGGGCAAAGAACCACAGCACCUCAUGGCCAUUUUCAAGGGCAAAAUGGUCAUCUAUGAGGAGGGAAGCUCCCGGGAAGGAGGCAAGCAGCCACAGUCCACUGCCAGGCUCUUCCAUGUUCAAGGCACCAAUGAGUUCAACAUCCGCGCCACUGAGGUGCCGGCUCGCUGUGCCAGUCUGAAUUCCAAUGAUGUAUUUGUGCUCCAGACAGAUACCUGUUGUUACCUAUGGUAUGGAAAGGGCUGCAGUGGAGAUGAGAGAGAGAUGGGGAAAGCCCUGGCAGACAUCAUUUCCAAGAGAGAGAAGCAUGUGAUUGCUGAAGGCCAGGAACCUGCAGACUUCUGGGUGAACCUGGGAGGAAAGUCUCAGUAUGCCAACAGCAAGAGGCUACAAGAGGAGAAUCACAACAUUUCACCCCGACUGUUCGAGUGUUCCAAUCAGACUGGGUGCUUCCUGGCUACAGAGAUCACAAGCUUCACCCAAGAUGACCUGGACGAGGAUGAUGUCAUGCUGCUGGACAUCUGGGACCAGGUGUUGCUAUGGAUUGGGAAAGGUGCCAACCAGACUGAGAAAGAUUCGGCAAAUACUACGGCACAGGAAUACUUGCAGACUCACCCAGGGGGCCGUGACAUAGAAACACCCAUUCUACUGGUCAAACAAGGGUUUGAGCCUCCCACUUUCACAGGCUGGUUCCAUGCCUGGGAUGCUCAAAAGUGGAGCGAUGGGAAAACUUACGAGCAGCUGAAAGCGGAACUUGGAGACUCUACUGAAGUAAUCAAGAUUACGAUGGAUGUAGCAAAACCAAGCAACAUGGUGCAGAAUUCCAUUGGCACAGUCCUCCCUACAUUCCCUGCAGACAAGCUGAUGAACUGCCCAAAGGAGAACCUGCCUGAGGGUGUGGAUCCCACCAAAAAGGAGGAGUACCUCUCCAAUGAGGACUUCACCAAGGUCCUGGGCAUGGCGCGACCCGAAUUCUACUCCAUGCCGAUUUGGAAACAGAAGAAUCUGAAGAAGCAGAUGGGCCUUUUUUAGAGCUGGCAGCAGCAGAGCAGAGCCUAAAACAAGCCUGCUGAAGAGCAUAAAACCAAAAUAGCCUGUGGUUAAAGUAUAACUAGUAUCACUGUGACUUAAGUGUCGCUGCACUCUCAGAAGUACUACUGGUGCAAAUGUGAAUUCUGUGUUGCCUGACGAGAGUAUUUAAGUAUAUAAAUGCAUGAGCAAAUCAUACGACCUUCUGUAAUUCUCUGGAAAUUUAAGAAUGUAGCAUUUUUGUACUACAAGUGUUAAUCAAGUUUUCUAAUGAGACACCCUGUGGUGAACUGCAGUUCCAACCCACAUCAGUAGAUCUAGCCUGUCCCUAUAACUUCCCAUAUCAGCAGAUCUACUCUGCCAUUAGAAGAUCCACUCUACAACAGUAGAUUCAACCUACACCUGCAAAAUCUAAUGAUUCCUUGCUUUGACUUUCUGCCUUAACCCCACCUCAUAGGGAAUUUACGGUGCUAUAAGUAUGAUGUCAGUCACAAGGAGUAAUUCAUGUAGUAAUUCACGUAGUAAUUCGCGUAGUUCAUGUCUAAUUACUUUUCUGAAGCCAUAAAUGCAAUCUCAUUCCCA